GUCAAUCAUCCGCGUUCUCACAAAUGAUGUCUAUGACAAGCACGCGAGGUCCUUUCUAUCAUCCACCGUCCUUAUCCUCUCUCCUGUGUUAGUACUCUUUCAACGGCGACCAUUUCCCCGUGAUAGAAGUGGCUGGUGACUUUUGCGGCUUUUGACGUUAGGACCUAUCUCCGCCGGCUACACAUCGCUGGCUGCGUGUCCAUUUUCAGAAGUCCUGCCGUUUGGUACUAUUUGGUACUAUUUGGUACCAUUCUGCUGGGCUUGAGGUCCUCAUAAAGUCGUUCAUCUUCAGUCUUUUCGGCUUGGGCAAAAACAUUUUUCUUCCACCUCCUUGAUCCGUGGUAUCUUCUUUGCAGGGGGACGCUGGUGCGACGCCCUAUCUCAACCAUUAAGAGGCCGAGCAUCUGUGUUAGUCUCUUUUGCCUGUGAACGAGACGUGGAGAAGCUCUUUAUUGUAUCACAACGCUAGCAAUAGCAAACAUGACGACUCAAGCCCCUACUGAGUCGUCGUUUCAAAGGGCCGAGGUGGUGAAAAAGCCUAUCAAACCAACAUGGUGGCGUGAAAGCUCCGUCUACCAAAUCUAUCCGGCGUCAUUCAAAUGCAGUACGCCUGGAUCCAACCACGGGGAUCUACGUGGCAUCAUCUCUGAACUGGACUACAUCAAAGCCCUAGGUGUGGACAUCGUCUGGCUCUCGCCCAUUCUAGCAUCCCCUCAAGUCGACAUGGGCUACGACAUAUCAGAUUACAAAGACAUCCAUCGACCAUACGGCACAAUGGCCGACCACGACGAUCUGAUCAAGGGCCUUCACGACCGUGGUCUGAAAUACGUCAUGGAUCUCGUCGUCAACCACACCAGUGACCAGCACGAAUGGUUCCAAGCCUCACGAUCCAGCAAAGACAACCCCUUUCGAGAUUGGUACUACUGGCGACCGCCACGCUACAACGAACAAGGAGAACGAAUCCCACCCAACAACUGGGAAUCCAACUUUUCCGGCUCCGUUUGGGAAUGGGAUGAACACACACAAGAAUACUACCUCCACCUCUUCGCCAAAGAACAACCCGACCUGAACUGGGAAAACCCCGCCGUGGUCGACGCCGUCCACAACAUCAUCCGCUUCUGGCUCGACCGAGGCGUCGACGGAUUCCGCAUGGACGUCAUCAACUUCAUAUCCAAAGCCCCCGGCCUGCCCGACGGCUCAAUCCAACGUCCUGGAUUCCUUCAAUCCGGCAUCGAGCAUUUCGCAUGCGGACCUCGCCUGCACGAAUUCUUCCAAGGCAUGGGCAAAAUCCUCCAAGAAUACGACGCAUUCAGCGUCGGAGAAAUGCCUGGCGUGACAGACACCCGCGAAAUUCUGAAAGCCGUAGGCCAAGACCGCGGCGAACUGGGCAUGGCAUUCCAAUUCGAAAUCGUCGAUAUGGACCACGAGCCCGAAUCGAAAUGGGUGGCUCGAAAGUUCACUCCUCGCGACUUUAAGCGCAUCGUCAACAAAUGGCAGAAAUUCAUGCUUGAUAAUGCCGGUUGGAAUGCGAUUUAUAUGGAGAACCAUGACCAAUCACGUACGAUUUCUCGGUAUUGUGACGAUUCGGACGAAUAUCGCAGUAAAUCGGCCAAGAUGCUGGCUUCGCAUCUGGCGCUUCAGAGCGGGACGUUGUUCGUGUAUCAGGGUCAGGAACUGGCUCAGAUCAACAUUCCUGAAAAUUGGUCGUUGGAUGAAUACAAGGAUAUUGAACUGCAGAAUCAUUGGAACACGGUGGUGAUGAAGGAGUAUGCGGAUGAUGAGAAAGCUCAAGCUGCUUUCAAGAAACAAUACCGUUUGAUCGGGCGUGAUAACGCACGUACGCCAAUGCAGUGGACGCCGACUGCUGAGGAUUAUGCUGGGUUUCUACCUAGACACAAAGACUUGUCGUCUUCGGGCUUGAAACCCUGGAUGUCUAUCCAUCCGGAUUUUCAGCAAUGGAACGCUCAGACUCUGAUCAACGACCCGACGUCUCCCCUACAUUACUGGCGUCGACUACUUGCGAUUCGCAAAUCGCUCAAGCAUGUCUUUGUCUAUGGCGAUUUUGAAAUGUUGGAUCUCGAUCAUGAGACGGUGGUGGCGUAUCUGCGUACUGCGGCGACUACUACUACUACCUCCUCCUCCUCCUCCUCUUCUACUCAGCAGUCGACUCCUAACAAAGCUAUAAUCAUGACCAACUUCAGUGGCCAGGUCGUGCGCUGGCCCAUCCCGGCAGUUGCGGUCGAUAUCCUCUGCGAUCCAGCCACCGGCGCAGUGAGGCGUGGUGCCGUUGUGGAGGAGUUGCGAAAUUAUCUCAAUGAGGGCGACAAUGUCGUUCAAAGAACUGAGCAUGACGGGUGGAUCAUCGACCUGCGCCCGUGGGAGGUUGUUGUUGCAAUGUCCUAGUGAUAGAGUAAAGGAUAGUGACGGAAUACUAUGUAUCUUAAUAAAUAUGGAUUUUUAAGUAUUUACGAGUGGCCGUCGUUGCUGAGGAACACGGUCUCGAGAUCGAGAAUAAUAAAAGAACGCUCAAGAGCUUAAGGCUCGAGUUUCAAC